GCGUUUUGUUUUCAAAGUCCACCUCUUCUUGUCCUGUUAGCGCCUGCAUUCCGUUCAUGUGUCAGUGGCCAACUCGUUUUAAACGCAGUCACUAGCUAGUGGAAGUGUCGUUUAUGUAAAUAACAAUAUUAUUGUCUUCCCUUCUGGCGGUGACUAUUCAGCCUACUCCGAUUUUGUUUCGUUUUUCGUUUUGCGCACACGUUUGUGAGGAUGGUAAUUCAAGCGUUGAACAGGCACAGCCGCCAGCUGCUGAUUGCCAGUGUGUUGGCACUAAGACACUCAUCGUUGCUGCUGAGCUGGAAGAAUAAGUGCAGCACUAGUUUGGGACUUGCUAAGCUGCACAAGAAUCGUCUUUUGCGACUGCUGCCCGGAAAAACGCAAAUUGAACCGACUGUACGAAGAGCGCGACUCCCCGUUGCAACAACAACAACAACAACAACAUCGCUGAUUGCAUCGUUCUCGUUGUGGAAGAAGAAAGGAACCCCCGCGGCAGCGGACCCCAAAGCGGACAGCAAAAUGGCCGAAGCGGCAGCGAAGAACCUGGCCGAGACGAUCCAGCACUCGGACCAGUUGUUCGACGAGAAUAACUUUCAGGAGGCGUACGAUUUGCUGGUCAAGAGCGCGGAACCGGAAUCCUACGAUAUCAAGUGGCGCAUGGCCCGCGUCAUCUACAACCUGUCCAAGAGCGCCCCCAGCCCCAAGAAGGAAGAGCUGAUCCGCGAGAGUUUCCAGUUCGCAACGGAUGCGCUGGCACUGAACGACAAGGACUACGCCUCCCACAAGUGGUACUCGAUCCUGCUGGACGCCAAGAGUGGACUGGACGGGAUCAAGGAACGGAUUACGCAGCUGGAGAACGUCAAGAAGCACAUGCUGAAGGCGGUCGAGUUGAACCCGAACGACGCCACCAGCUGGUACAUCUUGGGACAGUUCUACUAUGGACUUGCGGAUCUACCGUGGUACCAGCGGAAGAUUGUUUCGACGAUUUUCGCCGCGCCACCGUCCGGAACGUACGAGGAAGCGCUGGAUUGUUUUGAGAAGGCAGAGAAAACGAAGCCUAAUUUUUACUCGAUGAACCAUCUGAUGUUGGGCAAAACGUGCCAGGCGCUGAAGCAGAAUGACAAGGCGAAAGAAUAUCUUGCGCUGGCCGCCAACGUGGUCGUGUUGAACGAGGACGACAAACAAGCGAAGGAGGAGGCCGCCAAGCUGCUGAAGAAAUUGUAGGGCUCUCUAAAGUCGAUUGAUUUGUACUGAUAUUUUUCGAUUGUUUUUUUUCACAUUAUGGUUUAAGAAGGCAAGAUUUACAAAUAUAUACAAGAGUUUUUGGUACGAAAAAUUAA